UAUACCUUAUUAAAUCAAUGCUUGGUACGCGGCGGUAUGCCGUGAUCGUGGUUGAACUGACGCAUAACCUAUAUAAAGUAACUUACACACAUAUAUAUGCACAUAUACAUAUAUUUUGUAAAAUUUCAUCUUACAAAAUUAAUACAUCUAUUUAAAUACAAGGUAGAAAUAGACCUAUCAUCAAUUUUUAGUGAAAAUGGAUAUUCGUCCAAACAACACUAUUUAUAUCAAUAAUUUAAAUGAAAAGAUUAAGAAAGAAGAGUUAAAAAAAUCAUUGUAUGCUAUUUUCUCUCAAUUUGGUCAAAUUUUGGAUAUUGUGGCUUUAAAAACAUUGAAGAUGCGUGGACAGGCAUUUGUUAUUUUCAAGGAAAUAGCAAGUGCUACAAAUGCCUUGAGGUCAAUGCAAGGGUUCCCAUUUUAUGAUAAACCAAUGAGAAUACAAUAUGCUAAAACUGAUAGCGAUAUAAUUGCCAAAAUGAAAGGUACGUUUGCAGAACGUCCAAAGAAACCAAAGCGAGUUAUUCCAGUAGCAGAUGAAGAAGCUAAACGUGCUAAGAAACGUGCAAAAGAGCAAGCAAAACAUUCACAACAAAUUGGUUAUCAUGCCAGUGUACCUCAGCACCCAGGACUUGUUAAUGCUGCUGUUCCCGAACAACCACCUAAUCAGAUAUUGUUCUUAACAAAUCUACCAGAUGAAACAAGUGAAAUGAUGUUAUCAAUGUUGUUUAAUCAAUUCCCAGGCUUUAAAGAGGUACGAUUAGUACCCAAUCGACAUGAUAUCGCAUUUGUUGAAUUUGAAAAUGAAGUUCAGUCUGGAGCGGCAAAAGAUGCUCUUCAAGGUUUUAAAAUUACACCUUCGCAUGCAAUGAAAAUAUCAUUUGCAAAGAAAUAGGUUUGUAAUCUUUUUGUAUUCUUUAAACUAUGAAAAUCGAAAUAAGGUAUAAAAUAAACUACAUUUGUGCAAAAAUAAAUAUAAUCUUUGAUACUGAUCCAGAUUAUUUUAUUUCUAACUUUGCUCAGGCUAUAGUAUUUUACUUAAUGUCCAGCAUUAUUUUGCAAUGGAUUUAAUAAACACAAUGGCAUUGCAAUGUAAUUUACUAUAUUAUGGCAUAUACAUCUAUGCGAUAAGUUAUGCUAUAUAAUAUAUUGAGAUAUUUCAGUUUAAAAUUAUAUGUAGA